UUUAACGAGUCGCCGUUCUUGUUCCUUGUUGCAGACGGCGCUCUAGCCGAAAUCACGAUGACGAUGGACGUGAGCAAGUCGGAGCCGAGUAAAAAUGGCGCGACGCAGCACGAGUGCGCUGGUUGUGGGAAAGCGAUCACGGAAAGGUAUCUCCUCAAGGCCAUGGACCUGUUCUGGCACGAGGACUGUCUGAAGUGGUGCUGCGACUGUAGGUUAGGAGAGGUCGGUUCUAGUCUGUUCACCAGGGCCAACCUUAUCCUCUGUAAGAGGGACUACCUCAGGCUGUUCGGGAAUCCGGGACAUUGCGCGGCUUGCAACAAGCAGAUACCGCCGUUCGAGAUGGUUAUGAAGGCCAGGACGAACGUCUAUCACCUGGAUUGUUUCGCUUGCCAACAGUGCACUCAUCGGUUUUGCGUGGGCGAUCGAUUCUAUCUGUGCGAGAACAAAAUCCUGUGCGAGUUCGACUACGAGGAGAGGCUCGCGUUCGCCAAUAUGUCAGUACAAACACCGGCCACGCUGGCGUACAUCAAAAGGCAACUGCCCCCAGCGCCGACACCGCCUGGCCAGAACAUGCAUCCGGGUCACAAUCCGCUGCAACCUCAUCAGGGACUUGGCCAGUCGGUGGGUCAACAUAAUCACGUGUCCAACGGACAAAUGUCGGCGAGUACACCGAUGGUGAACGGGACGGCCAUAGGCGUGGGCGGCCCAAGAGCCCCGGGCGACAUGAACAACAACGGUUUGUCGGGUCCGGCCCUGGGCCCGGUGAAGCCACCGCCAAUGUCCAUGCAGGCGCCGACCAGCUGAAACGAGGUGUCACCCCCCUUGAAGAAGCUCAGAUGUCUCAGCGGUUAUUGAGCCUGUUGACGCUCACCCGAGAGACACGUAACGGCGCAUGGGAGGGAGAGGAGACGGUACGAAGAGAGAAAUUAAAACGCGAAAGUGAACGCGAAGAACCAGAGUGAUAGACGGACGGAUGGACGCGUGUAACACGUGGAGGAAAGACGAUGAGGGAGGGGGUGGUUGAAAAUUCACACGGAGAAGGGGGACGGUUACUCGAGGACGCUUCCGGUUCUCCCGAGACUUUCGAGGUUUUCAGAGGUUGGGAAUAAUCACUGUGAUCGCGAAUUA